GUACCCAACUCAAUUUAGACUCCACAAGUCCAUAUCAUGGCCAGCCCAACACCAAAUGACAUAGAAGUGAAUAUUAAGCGCCAAAACAUUAUCCAACCAAACAAUGCCUCUGCUUCUCGUCUUCACUCAGUCAAGAUGAAUGCAAACACUUGUAUUCAACCGCCCCAGUUCCUUCCAUUAUCUCCUUUUUAUCAGCAAAGGUUUCAUCUUUUCACUCAAAAGCCUCAAUCUUUAAAGCCCACCAAGAAAAGUUGUUAUUUUUCUACUACAGCGUGUGACAACAGCUUCAAAGGUGGCCUUUUUAGGGUUCAAAAGGGUAGAAUCAGAUGCUCAAAUAGUGAGGUUGAAGAGCAGAAGGAGAAGCAGCAGCAAGUGGUGAAGAGAGCUUAUCCUUUCCAUGAAAUUGAGCCUAAAUGGCAGAGUUACUGGGAAAAAAAUCAAACUUUUAGAACUCCAGAUGAAGUUGAUACCUCUAAGCCUAAAUUCUAUGUGCUUGACAUGUUUCCUUAUCCCAGUGGCGCUGGGUUACAUGUUGGUCAUCCAUUGGGAUAUACUGCUACAGAUAUUCUUGCUAGACUCAAACGUAUGCAAGGUUACAAUGUUUUGCACCCAAUGGGAUGGGAUGCAUUUGGUUUGCCUGCUGAGCAAUAUGCAAUUGAGACAGGAACUCAUCCGAAAAUCACAACAUUGAGGAACAUUAACCGCUUCCGUUCCCAGCUUAAAUCACUGGGAUUCUCUUAUGACUGGGAUCGUGAAAUCUCUACAACAGAACCACAAUAUUAUAAAUGGACCCAGUGGAUCUUUCUUCAGCUAUUGAAGAGAGGGUUGGCAUAUCAGGCUGAGGUACCAGUCAAUUGGUGCCCUGCUCUUGGCACCGUUUUGGCAAAUGAGGAGGUGGUUGAUGGAGUAAGCGAGCGUGGGGGUCACCCAGUUAUAAGAAAGCCAAUGAGGCAAUGGAUGCUUAAGAUUACUGCAUAUGCUGAUCGCCUUCUUGAAGACUUAGAUGACCUCGAUUGGCCUGAAAGUGUAAAAGAAAUGCAGAGGAACUGGAUAGGAAGGUCUGAAGGGGCUGAGCUGGAAUUUUGUGUUCUCGAUUGUGAUGGAAAGGAAAGAGACAUAAAGAUUACUGUUUAUACUACCAGGCCUGACACUGUCUUUGGAGCAACAUAUUUAGUUGUGGCACCAGAACAUUCAUUGCUUCCAUCAUUGAUGUCUCUUUCACAGAGAGAAAGUGUGGAAGAGUACAAAGAUCUAGCUUCACGAAAAAGUGACCUUGAGAGGACUGAGCUUCAGAAGGAGAAAACUGGUGUUUUCAGUGGCUGCUAUGCACAAAAUCCAGCAAAUGGGGAAGCAAUUCCAAUAUGGGUUGCAGAUUAUGUUUUGGGGAGUUAUGGGACUGGAGCUAUUAUGGCGGUGCCUGCUCAUGACACCCGUGACUAUGAAUUUGCUACUAAAUAUGACAUUCCCAUUCGUUGGGUUGUGAAGCCAAAUGAUGAUGAUUUUAGUGAUUCAGGAAAGGCUUAUGAAGGAGAAGGCUCCAUUCUCAAUUCAUCGAGUUCAACAUCAGGGCUUGACAUCAAUGGUUUGCAUAGCAAAGUAGCAGCAUCUAAAGUCAUUGAAUGGGCUGAUACAACUGGAAAUGGGAAGAAAAAGGUGAACUACAAGUUGAGGGAUUGGCUUUUUGCUCGACAGCGUUAUUGGGGGGAGCCUAUCCCAGUUGUUUUCUUGCAGGAUACUGGUGAGACCGCUCCAAUUCUUGAAACUGACCUGCCCCUUAAACUCCCAGAAUUAGAUGAUUUUACCCCGACAGGGACAGGAGAGCCACCCCUUGCAAAAGCUGUUUCUUGGGUUAAAACCACUGAUCCUUUAUCUGGAAAACCCGCCAUGAGAGAAACAAGUACCAUGCCCCAAUGGGCUGGUUCUUGCUGGUACUAUCUGAGAUAUAUGGACCCAAAAAACUCCAAAGAAUUAGUUGACAAGACAAAAGAAAAGUACUGGAGUCCAAUUGAUGUCUAUGUCGGUGGUGCUGAACAUGCUGUUCUCCAUUUACUUUAUUCAAGAUUCUGGCACAAGGUUCUUUAUGACAUUGGUGUUGUGUCAACCAAAGAACCCUUCAAGUGCGUCAUUAACCAGGGAAUCAUCCUUGGGGAAGUCCAAUACACGGCUUUCAAAAACCCAGAUGGAAACUAUGUAUCUGCAGACUCUGCUGAUCUGUCAGGUGAAAUUAAUCAGGAAAUCAUUCCCGAGGAAAAGGUUAUGAAAUCUGGGGAUUCCUUUGUACUGAAAGGUGAUCCCAGUAUCCGAUUGAUAGCUCGUGCGCAUAAAAUGAGUAAAAGUAGGGGAAAUGUUGUGAAUCCAGAUGAUGUUGUCUCUGAGUAUGGAGCAGAUUCUCUUAGGUUGUAUGAAAUGUUCAUGGGUCCAUUUAGAGACUCAAAAACAUGGAGUACUAGUGGGAUUGAAGGUGUCUAUCGAUUUUUGGGACGAACAUGGAGGCUAAUUGUUGGCUCACCCUUACCUGAUGGAACUUUCAGAGAUGGAACAGUGGCAAUCAAUGGGGAGCCAUCUUUUGAACAGUUACGCUCCCUGCAUAAAUGCAUAGCAAAGGUAACGGAGGAAAUUGAAGGGACAAGGUUCAACACUGGAAUUUCUGCAAUGAUGGAGUUCAUUAAUGCUGCAUACAAGUGGGAUAAACUUCCAAGAUCAAUUAUCGAGGAAUUUGUCUUGUUGCUAUCACCUUAUGCACCUCACAUGGCUGAGGAGCUUUGGUUUCGCCUUGGGCAUUCGAAUUCAUUGGCAUACGAGCCCUUUCCUAAGGCAAAUCCUGAUUACCUGAAGGAGUCUACCAUAGUUCUUCCAGUUCAGAUCAAUGGCAAGAUGAGGGGUACCAUACAGAUUGAAGAAGGAUGUUCAGAGGAGGAUGCUUUCAGAUUAGUUUCACAGGAUGCGAAACUCUCCAAGUUCCUGGAUGGAAAAUCUAUCAAGAAAAGAAUCUACGUUCCUGGGAAAAUUUUAAAUGUUAUUUUGGGUCCUCAAAACAUCAAGGCAGGAGUCCGGUAGUCCCCUGGCCCCAUCUGCAUAUUCAGGGCGAGUGGGCUCAUUUUAAAUAGGAAGAUCACAAUGAGUUGAAGUUUUACCAGCGAACUUUUCACAUAUGUGCUACAAAUGGAAUGCGGAGGCAAGUUUACUAUAGGCAUCCAAAUUUUUCAAUGCAUUGAAGAUGUCUACAUCAAUAAACUUUCAGGCUAAAUUAUGUUCGUCUUUAAGGUCCCUGAAUCUAGAGGAUUAACUCCAGGGAAGUGACAGGGCAGCAGCAGCAGAAACAUUUCAUGCAACGUCAACAUUCAUUAUUCAAUGGUAUGGGUGCUUAUGCUGGAAUUUUUGCAGAUGCCUUGUAAAAGGCCUUCAUGUAUGUACAUUGAGACAUUGAAUGUAUCAGCUGUAUCGUUAUCUGUAUUAUUCAUUGUAUGAUCUGAAUAAACUUAUGCCAUUAAAUUGAUAAAGGAACUCAUUCUUAAUACAAAUAUUUAUUAUUUGCAA